UUCCAAUUUCACUUGUAUUUUACGAUCGCAAAUUCAUAUGUAUCUAGUCUUGGCUACCGAAAAUGCAAUCUUAAAUAUUUCGAUAUUUCGAUCGGUCUUUCAAAAAGGAUAAGAAUCCGCCAGAGGUCAUUGAUGCAUAAUAUUCCCUCGCGUUCUUUAUAUUAGCUGUGUUAGCAUAACAACAUUUGAUUGGAAACUUCAAAAAUGCUGUAUCGCCCAUCGUAAUUUAUUUAGCAUUAAUAUUGCUCAACCAAUAGAUAUAUAAUAAAGAAUUGGGUAAUCAUCAAUCAAAAUUUUUUGAAAUCACACUUCAUUUAAAAUGGUUGACAAGUUGAGAAGAUACGAAAAAAUUGACUUUCUUGGAGAGGGUCAGUUUGCCACAGUUUAUAAAGCUAAGGAUUCACUAAAUGGAAAAAUUGUAGCUGUAAAAAAGAUAAAAGUAGGAAGUAGAGCUGAAGCUAAGGACGGUAUAAACAGAACAGCUCUUCGAGAAAUUAAAUUAUUGCAAGAAAUUAGACAUGAGAAUAUUAUAGGUUUAUUAGACGUUUUUGGUUAUAAAUCAAAUGUAUCAUUAGUUUUUGAUUUUAUGGACACCGAUUUGGAAGUUAUCAUUAAAGAUAUAAAUAUAGUUUUGACUUCUGCCAACAUAAAAUGUUAUAUGAUUCAAACAUUGCAAGGAUUGGAAUUUUUACAUUGUAAUUGGAUACUUCAUAGAGAUUUAAAACCCAACAAUUUAUUAAUUAGUAGUGAGGGAGUUUUAAAAAUUGGUGAUUUUGGUUUGGCCAAAUUUUUUGGCUCUCCCAAUAGAAUAAAUACAAAUCAAGUUGUAACAAGAUGGUAUCGAGCUCCAGAAUUAUUGUUUGGAGCUAGAUUAUAUGGUACUGGAAUUGAUAUGUGGGCCGUUGGUUGUAUAUUAGCUGAAUUAUUACUUCGUGUCCCAUUCUUACCUGGAGAAUCUGACUUGGAUCAAUUGACUAAAAUUUUUCAGACGUUAGGUACACCUACUGAAGAAACUUGGCCAGGUUUGUCUCAAUUGCCAGAUUAUAUUGCAUUUAAAUCAUUUCCUGCCAUACCUCUAAAAGAUAUAUUUACUGCUGCUGGUGACGAUCUUCUUGACCUUCUUGCUAGUCUAUUAAAUAUAAAUCCUCUAGAGAGGUGUACUUGUGAUGAGGCAUUACAAAUGCCAUAUUUUAGUAAUAAUCCUCCACCAACUGUCAAAAGUAAAUUACCAGUGCCAAAUGCAAUAAAAAAACAACCUGAAGAAAAACCUAGUUUAAAACGCAAACUGUUAGAAAGUUCAGAUGGGGCAUCAUUAGCAAAAAGAUUACAAUUUUGAUAAUCACAAGAGUAUUGUUAAAAUGUUUAUUCAAUAUUUUUGAGAUAGCGACAUGUUGGGAUCUUAUUGUAAAUAAUUAUUGAAUAAGACUUAUGGAGAUUUUUAAUUUAAAAUUAAUCUUCUCAAUACUUACUUUUUAACACGUUAUUUUUGUACAUCAUUAGCUUCAAACAAAACAAGAAGUAAUAAAUUGUUCUAUAGGAUGAUAUUACUAAGGAUUAAUAAAAAAAAUACCAGUUCAA